GAAGAGGGGUGAUGAGGGGGUUGCUGUGUGAGAGGAGAUGGGUGGGGAGGAGGUCUGGGCGCGGCGAUGUCCCCGCGGAUUGUGCCGAGGAAGAGGGGUGAUGAGGGGGUUGCUGUGUGAGAGGAGAUGGGUGGGGAGGAGGUCUGGGCGCGGCGAUGUCCCCGCGGAUUGUGUCAAUCUUGUUUUUGAAGUGAUUGCCAAUCUCGAGGGGGCGGUGAGUGAGGUGCUGAGAGGAGGUGGGGGUGGAGAGAGUAGAGAGUUGAAUGUGGAGAAGAGCCGGCGAGGAUUGGAGGAGAGGGUCUUGAUGAGGGCCAGGAAGUAGGCUUGUUUGGCAGAUUGGAGGGAGGUGUAGGUGUGGAAGGCAGAUUUAUAGCGGGUAAUGCCU